CGCCGCCAAACACCAAUGGCUGUCAUAGAGGAUCGACGGCGACGUAAAUACAACCUUUAAAAUCGGAAUAUCUAAACAACACGGCUUUUGAGGCCUCGAUGGAUGAUGUCUCCUCCGGAUCUGGCAUGGGUUAUGACACCUUUUACUUCACAUCAGAUGUAUCAAGAGAGUUAGAAAGCAUGUCACAUGGCUCAGCAAGAUGUAAUAGACCAGAAGAUGAGGAUCAAGUAAAUAUUCACCAGGAAAACAGUAUGGAAAAUUGGAUUACAAAUGAUGAGACUAAUAGUGACCAGAAAAAAUUUUGUGUCAUCGAUAAUCAUAUGGGAAUAGGAGACGAUUGGUUACAAGGCAGUGUACAUGUGAAUGAGAGGACAAAGUCCAGUGCAGAGGAUGAAGAUAAUUUUAGUGCAGGAGAUGAGGAAGAAAGGUACAAUGCUGAUGAUGAAGAUAAGUUUAGCACAGAGGAGGAAAUAAAAUACAGUGCAGAAGAGGACGACAUCACCUUGAGCACAGAGGAGGAAGCCAAGUAUAGUGCCGACGAGGACGAGGCAAAAUACUGCGUAGAAGACGUAAAAUCCAGCGGAGAGGAAGACGAAGUUAAGUAUAGCACCGAAGAGGACGAAACAAAGUACAGUGCAGACGAAGAAUGCAAAAUAAGUACAGAGGAGGAAGGCAAAUACAGUGCUGAUGAGUUAGAUGAUGAAUGGCUUGGAACACAAGGUCACGUGGAUGGUCAGUUUGAAGAGAGGGCCAAAGAAAGAUGGGUGGGUUGUUCUGAGUAUGGUGUAGGGAAUACUGAACAACAGUGGCAGAGCAGUAGUGAAGAGGUAGAACACUCUUCAACAGAAAGUGAAGUAGAAUUAAGUGAGGAGGAUCAAGAGGAAGUCAUAAACAAGGGUACAGGUGAUCUUCCUUCUACCUCAUCUGUUAGUUUUGGUGAAGCAACUGUUGCUCAGCCUGUGCUCUGUUUUGAUGAGUAUGGGAACUUAACCACAACGUAUCAUAGUCCAACAGUGAAUUUAGUUAAAAUGCCAAACUUGAGUACAGACAAAAUGUUGCCAGAAUCCAAAAAUAUUUCUGUGUCAUUACCGACAAAUGAACCGAACAAGAGGAAAAGUGGUUCUCCCUAUUGUGAGGAGUGUAUUGAGGAACCUUACAAUGGAGAAGUUAAAGCCUUGAGAAGUAGAUCAAAGGUUGGCCAGGAAAGUGGGGAAAAUGUAUUAUCUGACCAGGAAUUAAAACAAGCUUUCAAGGAAGAAUUCAUGACUGCUGCUACUAGUCGCUAUGGGAGAGCAAGGAAGCGUAAGACUGAAGAUGGGUUUUUCUUUGGGACCAUAAAUUUUAAUGAAUUAAGAAAAAUUACCUCAGGUAGUCCAAAGAAAAGCAAAGGCUCAAGUUCUAAGAAUUCCAGUCCAGAACAGAAAAUGAAGCACAUCACAAAAGAGGACCUUAAAGAUAAGCUCAAUGUAGAUCAAGUAAAUGAAGAAGUUAUUCAGAAUGGUACAGUCAAGUAUGAUGAGGGAGAAGGUGGAGAAAUAAGAGGGAAUAUUUCUUCAAGCAAAGUACAAAUAUCUGAAACCAAAGAUGAAAUAUUAGUACAAACCUCGAGUGUUGGGCAGAGUGAUAGUAGUGAUAAAGACUUAAGUAAGUAUAUUAGAAAUAAGCACGACACACACAGAGAUCUAAAGCUGAAGAACGACACAGCCUCUAAUGGUGGUUUUGGAAAGAACGCUAAUGUAGAGGAGCAGAUGAACAUGAAUUUUAAGCCGACAAACUUUGGCACACAAGAGGGUAAUUCAACAAAUGUGGAUACAACAGAAUCUGGUGACAGCAUUGAUGAUGUGUCGGAUAGAGCAAGCAUUUAUGACAGACGGAGGAGACUAAGCCUCCGAAAAAGAUCGUGCUCAGUAACGAGGGUUACUGAAUCACAUUCCAUUGUUAGCUCAGACAGGUUGCUUAGAGGAAGAUCCGACGUGUCCAGGAUAAAGCGUUCUCUCCAGGCAUGUGAGCAAGUGGUUCCUCAUAAGCGACCCAAAAAAACAAUCCCAGAAAUUGAGCCUCCGAUGUAUGUAUCAAAUUCAGUUUCAACGGAUUCUCAAGACUCUCAGGAGGAUCAUGGGGAAGAUCCAGAGUCAUUGACUAGACCUCCCUCCACCCGCAAAUCAUCUCAAGAGUUUAAAGCAGAGAGUGAAGAGCUCGCAUCAAUAACAAAAUCAGGAAGAAUAAUACGAAAACCCCAGCUGAUGGAUAUAUCAAAUGAGGACAAGCGGCAGAAGUUGUCAAGGGAACAGCAAAGACAAAGCGAAGCACUGCUCAGCUCAAGCCUAGAUGAGGAGUUUGCCCACUCUGGUUUAAACAUGCGUGCACUCGAACAAGAGAAUCCAUGUAAGCACUUGGUUGGUGACCUGGUGUGGGUCCACAUUCGGGGAAGUCCCUUGUGGCCUGCCAUGAUAUCAUACGAUCCAAUUCUUGGCCAGUUCAGCAAGAUAUCAUUGACACAGAAUUGGCAUAAGGUACGCAGUAUUCGCAUGUACCAUGUACAGUUCUUCAGUGACAACGCUUUGACCUACUGGAUUGCCCCAGGCAAUGUUCUGCCGUUUGAAGGUUUUGUGAAAUUGAAAGAAUUCCUCAGUGAACUAAAAUGCAAGUUGAAAGGGAUGAAGAGGUAUAAGCGACUGCAGACAGAAAGCCUCUUGAAAACAUUAGUGCAUAUGAACAAGAUAUCAUCUGGACAGAAGCAUGAACGUUGGAUUAAGGCCAUCGAGGAAGCAAAGGCUGCUUCUUCAAUGGAUAGGUAUGAAAGAAUACAAAAGUAUGCCUUAGAAAAUUCAGAGAUUGAAGAUAAGGAAGACAUACACAGAUUUGUUAAAUCAUCUCCAAGAAAUCUUUCAUUACUUAAAUCAAAGGAUCCAUCCUUUGAACCUAAACCAGAGAAGAGGAAAAGAGGUCGCCCUAGAAAAAUCUCACUCCAAAAUGAGUUGCCCAUCUUGAAAUCACUCAAGUCCAAUGGUGACUCAACAGAUGGGGAGUUCUCUGGUUUUGAUGAGAAUUCCUCUUGUGAAGAUAAGAAAAAAAAACUUAACAUUGUGUCCAAAUUGAGUAUGGAAAGUGACUUUGCUGUCUAUACCCAAAAACAUUUGGAAGAAUUCAUGUUAGAAAAUCCUGAAAUGUCUGCAGAAACAGCACAAAACAAAUUGAGAUGGAAAUGGAAGAAGAUGUCAAGUUCCCAGACUGCCAGAUACAAAUCUAAGUUUACGUGUGGGGAUAAGUACAUGUUAAAAGACCCAGAAGUGAAUAUGCUGAAGAGAAAACAUGACAUUCCUUUUGAGGAAGGUGAUGAGUGCGAAGAGAAUGAAGGACUUUCUGCUAAACGGCAGAGAACAGAAGAGGAAGUAGAGAGUAUACGUGGUGUUUACAAAGUAGUGCGUAAUGAGAAAGUGUGUUACCGGUGUGAGAGUGUAAGUAACAAGGCUGGGGCUGAUAUGAUCCGUUGUAAAGGACUUUGUUGUGGUGUUUUUCAUCUUAGCUGUUUAGGUUUAACUGCUAUGCCAAAAAGGGAUUUUAAAUGUGAAGAAUGCCAAACUGGGCAACACCCAUGUUUCCUGUGCAAAUCAUUUGUUGGUGUAGUGCAGAGAUGCACUGUGCCUUUCUGUGGCAAGUACUAUCAUGAGGAGUGUGUUCAGAAGUGGCCUCAAGUCUCCAAACAGCGGCAACAGGAGAGGUUUGUGUGUCCACGUCAUGCUUGUCACAUGUGCGCUGCAAAUGCUGAUGAUAUGGGUGACCCAGUGGCAAGAAACCCACCCUUUACCCGCUGUCUGCGAUGUCCAACUACGUAUCACACAGGUGAGGAUUGCAUAGCUGCAGGCACAGAAGAAGUAUCACAGAACCACCAUAUAUGCACCAAGCAUCUUCAGCUCCCAAAGAAUGGCACUCAUCAUGUCAAUGUUAACUGGUGCUUCUGCUGCUCGAAGGGUGGUUCACUUCUUCUCUGUGACCAGUGUCCAGCAGCCUUCCAUGCUGACUGUAUGAAGAUAACUGCUCCAGAAGGUGGUUAUGUCUGUGAAGAUUGUGAAUUUGGAAAAUUUCCCAUCUAUGGUGACAUUGUGUGGGUGAAGCUUGGAUUGUACAGAUGGUGGCCUGGUCAAGUCUUGCAUCCAAGAUUCAUCCCAGACAACAUUGAGAAUUUACAGCACCAGCAGGGCAUGUUUUGUGUUCAUUUCUUUGGCUCCAAUGACUACUAUUGGGUUACCAGAGGACGAGCUUUCCUUUAUCAGGAAGGGGAUAAAGGAUCAAGGGCACAGUCGAGUAAAACAUUAGAAAUGCAGUUCCGGCGAGCACUUGAAGAGGCAGCUGAAGCAUACAGAGCCCAGAAGACAAAGAAAACUCAGCGAGAGAUCCGAUGGUCUGAGAAGGGCAACCUGAAACCACCACCAUAUGUUAGGAUUGAUUCCAACCGUCCUGUAGGCAACAUACGUCUUAGCAAGUUGGACCUAGCAGCUGUUAACCGUUGUGAUUGUGAUCCAUACUCUGAGAAUCCAUGUGGCUCUGAUGAGAAGUGCUUGAACAGAAUGCUCAUGUUUGAGUGUGUCCGUGAAGUUUGUGGAGCCGGGGACAGGUGUGGUAACCAGAGGUUUCAAAAACGCCAGUAUCCCAAUGUGUGCUCCUUUAGGACAGAGAGUAGAGGAUGGGGUCUCAAGACAAACCAGGACGUUAAAAAGGGAGAAUUUGUGAUUGAAUAUGUAGGAGAGCUGAUCGACGAUGAAGAGUUUCAUCGUCGUAUUUUAGAAAUGCAUGAAGUAAAAGAAGAGAACUAUUACUUCCUCACCAUUGAUAAGGAUAUCAUGAUUGAUGCCGGUCCUAAGGGGAACUUAGCCAGGUUCAUGAACCAUUCAUGCCAACCAAACUGCGAGACUCAAAAAUGGACAGUUGGUGGGGAUACGCGAGUGGGACUAUUUGCAAUUGAGGAUAUUCCUGCUGGUUUUGAACUCACUUUUAACUAUAAUUUGCAAUGUGUGGGGACAGAAAAGAAACGAUGUUGCUGUGGUGCUCCAAACUGCAGUGGCUUCAUUGGGGUCAAAGUACAAAAGGCUGAAGUGUCAGGUCCAAAGAGAGAAAAAUUGGGUAAACAAAGACGAAAGCGUCGGCGACGUGAAGCCAAAUUGUCUGAAGAUGAAUGCUUUAGAUGUGGUGGCCCUGGUGAUCUGAUUCUUUGUGAUGUUGUUGCUUGUCCCAAAGGUUACCACCUUGAAUGUCUAGGACUAGACAAGUUACCCAGAGGUAAAUGGAUAUGUCCAUGGCAUCACUGUGAUGAAUGUGGACAGCGAAGCGCACGUUUGAAUCGCUGUGACUUCUGCCCAAAUUCAUUUUGUCGGCUGCAUCUUCAGGGUAAUCUCCAACAUUUAAAUGGUAUUGGCACUGUAUGUCAGGAUCAUAAUUCAGAUGAGUUAGAAACGCUCAGAGGUCAGAUGGGAACAACAGCAGUGACUGAAAAACUGCUUCAGAUACCAAAGAAGACAGCAGUUGAGAACAGUGCUAUUAUUGACACUGAAGAAAAAUCUCAGUCUGUGAUGAACAAAGACUCCUCUGAUAUGAUGCUGCAGUGCUCAGACAAUAGUAACAUUCAAGCCCCUUCCAUCCCUGUGUAUGAAAAUUAUAUAGACUCCAGUUCUUGCAGCAAAGCUCAGGAUGAAACCGGGUUACAGUUGCCUCAGGUCAAUGCUCUUCCUCUUCAAAUGAAGACGGGUACUGGAAGACCUUCAAAACUCUCCGGUGUUCGAGAAGGACAUGAAAAUUGUUCUGCUGUAUUGAAUGUUACGGGCAGUGGAGGAGACAAAAAAACACCGAAACAAAGACAGUUCAAGCAUAAAAGGACAAAGAAACUCUUUUCAUUUCACAGAAAAGGUUUUGGGCGUCAGAAACGUAAUCCAGAGAAUAAUGUGAAGCAGGUGAAUGAAGCUUGACUAUUAGCAUUGUAAUAAUUGACACAACUAGUUUUUAUCUUCAUUAUUAAUUGUGGAUGAUCAAAAAUGUAGUAAUAUUGGUGUUAUGUACUGACUUUUUCCUCCUAAAAUGAUAUCAAACCAAAUUAUAGUUAUGGAUUUUUUGUCUCGACAGUGGAGAAACUGCAGCACAAGUUGUCUGGUUCAAUGGUAGGGGUAUAGUUGCGUAGAAGCUAGUCGAACAUCUGUUGUGUGCAGGUGAACACAAAACUUAAUGAUGAUAUUUAUUGUGUAAACAUACUGCCAUUCAUCAUUUUAAUCAUCAUUUAUUUUAGCCAUAAAUAUCAGUUACUUUUCCUAUUCUUUUUUUUUUUUUUUAGUCUUACAUUGAUUUUCUAAUCUUUUUUCCUUCAUGGCUUCAUGUAAUUUAUGGAACUUAAUUUUUGAAUUACUCCUCACCUUUCUAUAUACUGUACAGUAUAUGAUUGUUUAUGCAUAUGUGGUAGUGUAUAAUUCAUAUUAUUAUUUCAUUUAUUUAAGUUUAACUAAAAACUUUAGUUUUUUCCAGAGGUUAUUGUAAGAUAAUGCUUUAUUUUGUCUUUUAACAUAAUGUAUCAGAUUUUAUGAAUAGCAUUUAGGUAUUUGGGUCAAAUUGAAUAAAUCCAAGUAUUAAUGUAUUAAACAGUUCUUCAUCAUUUUUCUAUUAUUUUACAAUGCACACUUUCUGAAGUACUUUCAUAUUGACCGUCAGAGUUGACAUACUGUCUUUGUGGACAAUAAACUCCCUUUAAUAA